AUGUUUUCCCAUUUGCGCAAUCGCACUUCGGUGAAGCGUCUUCAUGCACUCUCAUCACACAUUAGAGCGGCCAGAACAAUGAAAGAGGCGAUUGUAUCGCGCGGACCAAAAGUCCACAUCAUUGAGAGUGAGAUUCCGAAACCGGGACCGGGGCAAGUUGUUGUCAAGAUUGAAUACGCUGGUAGUAACCCCAAGGAUUGGAAACGACCUGAGUAUUGGGGAAGCAAGGCUUCCAUCAACCAGGGCGAUGAUCACGCUGGAGUAGUUCAUGAGGUUGGCGAGGGAGUCUCUGACUUCAAAAUCGGUGAUCGCGUCGCGGCGAUGCACGAGGGGAAGCAGCCUGGCGGGAGUUACGCUGAGUAUGGUGUAAGCUGGGCAUACACCACCAUUCAUCUACCUGAACACAUUUCUUUCCAAGAGGGUGCUGCCAUACCCUUCGCUGCAUUUACCGCAGCUUGUGCCCUUUACGCAAAGCUCAAUCUUCCACACCCAACGCAUCCAAUCUCCGACCUUCAAAAACUACCCCUUAUGAUCUGGGGCGCUUCAUCAGCCGUUGGAUCAUACGCAGUCCAACUGGCCAAGAAGUCUAACAUCCACCCUCUCAUAUGCGUCGCUGGUCGUGCGCAAGAGCAUGUCGAGAGAAUGAUUGACAGCUCUAAGGGCGACACAGUCAUUGACUACAGAAAAGGGCGCGCAACAGUCGCUCAAGAGAUCAAGGCCAGCCUCAGAGGCGAAAAGCUAGAGUACGCCUUUGACGCUGUGUCGGAGAUGGGUUCCUACCAGACAAUCUGCGAUGUUCUUGAUCACCAAACGGGGAAGAUCACUCUCAUUAUUCCUGCACAGAGCUAUUCUGAUAUCCCAAAGACCAUUGAGAAGUCGGUCACUACGGUAGCUAGUGUACAUGAAGAUUUGAAGGUAUUCGCCCGGGCGCUUUCGAUAUCCUUCGGUAGAGGGCUUGAGGACGGAUGGUUCAAGGCACACCCGCAAGAGGUUGUGCCUGGGGGCUUGGGAGGGAUAGAGAAGGGCUUGACAAACUUGAAGAACGGAAAGGCUAGUGCGGUGAAGUAUGUCUACAAGAUCGCGGACACGCCAGGAAUAGAGUCUCCAUGA